UUCAUGGCGGUUCCAUCUGCGCAUGCGCGUGUGUCAGACGGGACGUAAACAAGCUACAGGAAGUGCAGCUGUUACAUUGAUCAUAGCGGGUGAUAUGGAGAGGUGACGUGUCAUCAGAGCCAACAUCCAAUCCCAGGUCAUCGUGCUGCGAGGAGCCAAUAGCAGGGCAGCGCAGAGAUGACAGAGUGCUUCCUCCCACCCAGUAGCAGCCCUGCGGAGCAGAGGAGGGCGGAGCAUCCAGGGGGCGUGGCUCGUACCCCGAGCUCUGAAGAGAUCAGCCCCACUAAGUUCCCAGGUCUGUACCGUACAGGUGACCCUUCACCCCCUCAUGACGGGCACCACCAUGAGCCGCCCGACGCGGUGUCCGAUGACGAAAAGGAGCACAACAAGAAGAAGAACAAGUUUAAGAAGAAGGAGAAACGCACCGAGGGAUACGCUGCGUUCCAGGAGGACAGUUCUGCCGAUGAGGCCGAGAGCCCGUCUAAGAUGAAGCGCUCCAAGGGAAUCCACGUCUUCAAGAAGCCCAGUUUCUCCAAGAAGAAAGAAAAAGAAUUCAAAGUGAAGGAGAAGGGGCCUAAAGAAGAGAAGGCUAAAGACAAGAAGUCCAAAGACCUGACGGCAGCGGACGUGGUGAAACAGUGGAAAGAGAAGAAGAAGAAGAAAAAGCCCAGCACUGAGCCCGAACCCGUCGUCGCAGAGACAGUUGUGACAUUCCGGCCGAUCUUCGGAGCGCCUUUAGCGGAAGCGGUGAGGAGAACGGCGCUGUAUGACGGGAUACAGCUCCCGGCCGUCUUCAGAGAGUGUGUGGACUACAUCGAGAGCUACGGCAUGAAAUGUGAAGGCAUCUAUCGUGUCUCUGGUAUGAAGUCAAAGGUUGACGAGCUGAAAGCAGCGUACGACCGUGAGGAGUGUCCGUGUCUGGAGGAGUAUGAUCCUCACACGGUGGCCAGUCUGUUGAAGCAGUUCCUGCGAGAGCUGCCUGAUAACCUGGUGGGUAAAGAGCUGGUGCAGCGUUUCGAGGAGGCCUGCGGGCGGCCCAGCGAGGCAGAGAAACUGCAGGAGUUUCAGAGGCUCCUGGGGGAGGUUCCUGCGGGGAGCAGACUCCUCCUGGCCUGGCUCAUCACUCACAUGGACCACGUCAUCGCCCGCGAGACUGACACCAAGAUGAACAUCCAGAACAUCUCGAUUGUGCUCAAUCCCACCGUACAGAUCGGGAAUCGUGUGCUGUACGUGUUUUUCACUCACGUCCGAGAGCUGUUCGGUGAUGUGGUUCUGAAGCCGGUCGUCCAUCCCCUGCGUUGGUCCAAUAUGGCCACCAUGCCAACCCUACCUGAGACCCAGGAGAGCAUUAAAGAGGAGAUCCGCAGACAGGAGUUCCUCUUGAACCGUCUGCACCGAGAUCUGCAGGCCGGUGUGAAGGAUCUGUCCAAGGAGGAGAGACUCUGGGAGGUGCAGAGGAUCGUCACCGCACUCAAACGCAAGCUCCGCGAGGCCAAGAGACAGGAGUGUGAGACUAAAAUCGCGCAGGAGAUCGCCAGCCUGUCUAAAGAGGACGUCUCAAAGGAGGAGAUGUCUGAGAACGAGGAGGAAGUCAUUAAUCUUCUCCUGGCACAGGAGAAUGAGAUCCUAACAGAGCAGGAGGAGCUGAUAUCACUGGAGCAGGUGCUGCGUCGCCAGAUAGCCACAGAGAAAGAAGAAAUUGAGCGACUGCGUGCGGAGAUCGCAGAUAUACAGAGCCGUCAGCAGGGCCGCAGUGAAACAGAGGAGUAUUCAUCAGACAGCGAGAGCGAGAGUGAAGAUGAAGAGGAACUGCAGAUGAUUCUAGAAGACCUGCAGAAACAGAACGAAGAGCUAGAGAAUAAAAACACUCAUCUGAAUCAGGCCAUUCACGAAGAACAGGAGGCCAUAUUGGAACUGCGUGUUCAGCUCCGCCUCCUUCAGACUCACAAGCUACAGCAGGAGCUCACAUCCCCUCCCACUUCCGAACAGGCCCCACCCUCCCAGCCCAGCCCAGAGGAGCGAUCUAGAGCGGACGAGCCAAUCAAACGUGCCGCAGCGGUCGCCAUAGAACCCACUGCUGCUGCCGCCCCAGCCAAUGGGAAGCCUGGAAAAGAUGCCAUGAAGCCAUCGCCCAGCAAAGACAAGAGGGAGGCCAACCAGUAAACCAUCUGACCAUCACUACACCUGCGCUUGUGUUAGCUCAUCACAUAACUGUGACAUCUUGGGUCAAGGGUCAGCAAGGUGAAGUGAGAUGGUCGUUACACUGGGAGAAAACUGGACAGCAGAGUACGAUGGCGAGAUGUGAUGUGUAGGUCAAUAGGUCUAAAGAGAGGCGAGUAGGGGAAACAUUUCUGAUUGGUCAUCGUCACAAUGGAGUGAAAUUGGAUUCUUUUGACACGUUUAAGCUUGUAUGUGAAAUUGCAGCAGCACAAUCAGAUCUUUGUGAGUGCUCAGAUUUGACCCCCAUCUAAAAAGAUAGGCUACUUCUCUUUCUAAAUAGUUAAGAGUGUUAGGGGUUUGUGUUUAAAAAUCCCAAGUUUGUUAAAACGUCCAGGUUGAUUUUUACUCCAAAAUCAAGAGAAAAAAAUAGGUAUUAUAUUAUAUUAUAUUAUAUUGCAUUUAGAAAAUUAAUCUUAUUUUUUCUUUUUUCUUUUUGGCAUUCUAACAUUAUUUACAUUACUAUUAAGCACUUUUCUGCAUAAUUGACAUUAUCUUAAUUUAAAUAAAAUGUCAUUCUCAUGACGGAAAUAGAAAAAAUAUUGAUAUAUUAUUUACAUUAUGAAAUAUAUAUCAUAUUGUAUCAAGUAUGUUGUACUGCUUUUAUGCAGAUUUAAAUAGAAAACUUGUGCAAAUUGUUCUUAAUAGUCAUUAAAUUAAUGUCACAAUGCAUACAAAUUUUUUUUUUUUUCUCUCUUUAUGCAAACGUAUUUUUAUUUUCUAUUUUGGGUUAAAAUAUAUGAAAGCCUGUUUCCAUGGAAUAAAAAUAAAGUGUAAUUGCAUCUCCCAAUUUUGACAAAAAAGGUCAGAAUUGUGAGACUUUUUUCCUCACAAUUCUGAGUUUACGUCUGACAAUUCUUCUCUUGCAUUUUACUUGUUUUCUUCAGGAUUUUGAGUUUACAUUUCACAAUUCAGUUUUUCCACCACAUAAAAAAAAAGAAAGAAGAAGAGCUAGUUGUGACUCAAAAUUCAAAAUUCUUUGUUUCCUGCAGUUGCUAGUUUAACUCAUAAUUCUGAUGGAAAGAUUCAAAUUUUGAUAGAUGAUUUCAAGAGACAACGUUUCAAGAUAAAAAGUUGCUAUUACCUUUUUAUUUAUUUAUGGCAUGAACAGGCUUUUAUAUAAAUGUGAAAUUGUUUUUCUUAAAAUAAAUACUUCAAGCAUUUCAUGAAAUACUAAUAGGAUGUUAUGAUUCAUCCUGUGUGGAAGCACCAAACCACAGGUGACGAACAUCCAUAUCUUCUGUGUUCACAUUACAUUUAGUGCAAAAACAGUCAUUUCAGGCAAGCAGUUAUACUUUUUUUUUGGUUACAAAUGCAUUUUAUUUAUGCAGUUCUGCUCAUAAUUAAAUCCCGAAGGAGUAAAUACAUUGAGAAAUAUCCUGGAUGUCUGUUGCCAAUACAGAAAUAAGGAGAAGAGAAUUCCUAAUGGGCUGCCAGCUCUCCAGUUGUGGGUCCAGGUCUAGAACCGAGAUCAAACUGAGUGAAAAUCAGUGAAAUGAAGUGCCAUAGGUGACUGUGUGCAGCCGCACGGAAGAAUUACUUUGAAGAUGCUCUGGGACAUUGUCAUACAACUAGAUUGUAUUUGGAGCUAUUAAGAUAUUCAAAGGAGAUGGUUUUGAAUGUUUAUUAUAAAUUUCAAUAUUUAAUAAUCCUAUAGAAACAUCUAAUCUGUAAAUGCACUAAACAGUGCAGAUCUGCACUUGUAGAAUGAGAACGAAAUGAUUGCCGUUUGUUGUGGAGUUGAUACGUUUUUGUCAGUUUCCGUACGUGUCACGCAAUGUUUUUUAAAACAAAUUUCAUGAAGCACAAGAAUAUAUUUGAUCAGUGAUAAAGUUUGAGGGCUUAUUAUGGGUGAAGUUCAGGUGAUCAGAAUCAAAGAAAAGAUAUUGCAUGAAUAAAAUGAUUCUUAUAUUUGAAAGAAAGCUUCAUUUUCUUUCUGCAUAAUAUCUUAUUUUGAAAUAUGAACAACUUUUUUUCUGCUCCUGAAGUUUUGGCACAGUUGUUACAGAUGUUCUGAAACACUGAUCAAUAGUCAUUUUGGAAACUUGCUCUAGAUUGUCACCUAUUCUUAAUUUUUUUUACUACCAAUAUUCUCUGUUUCAUUUUUUUGUGUGAUUUAUUAUUAUUUUUGUCUAAAGUGCUUGUUGAAUGCUAGUGUACUACUGGACUUUUGUAUGUUCUUAUUCUCUUUCAGAUAUAACACAUUUCCUCCCUCAUUUUGCUUUUGGUUUGUUUUUUUUACUUUACUAUCUUGUCAUGCUAUCAAAUCCUGUUUGAUUCUAAUCCAAGCUAUUGACAGACUGUUUGUCAACUACAUUGUAUGUGUGGAAAAAUAGAAAAAAAGAAAGAAAAGCUCUUAUUUCCCCCCAGAUUUCUCUCUGUUAGAACUGAUCUCAAAGAGAUACACACCUGCUCAUCUACUUUUGGAAAUGAUAGUUUUUCAUAUUAUAAACAAAGCUAUUAUAGCCCAUGAUCAUUGUGGACAGAAUGCUGCCAUCUAAAAUAAAAUGAUAGGUUGGACAUUAA